AUGACGGAAAAUACAAUUCUUGGGACACUUGCUAUAUUCAGAAAACGAUCUACACUAUUUUCAUGCGGUUAUUGUAAAGAUAAUGGAAAAAGAAAUUUUAGUCAUGGAUGCCUUAUUCAAGUAUUAAGUUUUAAAAUUUUUGAAUCAUUACUCGAUAGAGGAUGGAGCAGAUUUUUAGGCCUUGUUGCAAUAGAACUCUCUCCACUAGGUUAUAAUAUUGUUAUGGAUAGAGGAUGGAGACGGUCUGGUAAUUAUUUAUAUAAACCAAUAAUGAAUAAAACUUGUUGUCCACAAUAUACAAUACGUUUAAAUUUGGAUAAAUUUGAAUUAAGUAAAUCACAUAAAAAAGUUUUAAAAAAUGUCAAACGUUAUCUAGAGAUUGGUGAAUGUCAAACACGUAAAAUAAAUGAAGAAAAUAUUUAUUUACCAAUAAAAAAAACAAAAAAUGUUUCAAAUAUAGAAACUAGUCAAGAAAAUAUAGAAAAGUCAAAGAAAAUGUCUAAGAAGAAAAAUAUAAGAAGAGAACGUGCUUUACAAAAGUUAAAAAGUAAAGGUAUUGAUAUUGAUGAAUAUCAAAUGGAGCGUAGAAAAAAAGAAGAAAAUCGUAAAAAAACAUUAGCCAACUACAUAGAAGAGAUUAAAAAUAUUGAAGGAAAACAUAAACUUCAAUUUCGACUCGUUUAUAUUGGUAGUGAUUCAUUUAAAGAGACCAAACAAGAAAGUUAUAAUGUUUAUAAAAAAUAUCAAGAAGUUAUUCAUAAAGAUUCAAAUAACUCAGAAGCAAAUUGGCAUGACUUUUUGUGUUGUGGAAAUAUAUUCAAAGGUUUCAAAAAUAACGGAACAUCUAAUAUUACAUAUGGUGCUUAUCAUUAUCAAUAUAUUUUAAAUAACAAUAUCAUUGCUGUUAGUGUUCUUGAUAUUCUACCGCAUUUAAUAUCAGCCAAAUAUUUUUAUUAUGAUCCUCAAUAUUCUUUUCUGAAUUUGGGAACAUUUAGUGCAUUACAUGAAAUAUAUUUUGCACAAACUCUUCAUGCAACAGAUCCAAAAUUAAAGUAUUAUUAUAUGGGAUUUUAUAUUCAUAAUUGCCCAAAAAUGAGAUAUAAAGCUAAUUUUAGGCCAUCAGAAUUACUUUGUGAUCAAAGUUAUCGAUGGAUGGAUUUAAAAGAAGCAACUGAUAUGAUUGAAAAAAAUAAUGGUCAUUUUACAGUAUUUUAUCCUGAUGAUAAAAAUAUUGAAAAAAUUGAUCUUGAUAGAGUAAGGUUUAUAAAUCCUCGCAAAGAAAUUCAUGGAUAUAGAUCAAUGGCUCUUCAAGCAGAAUAUGAAUAUUUAAAUGACCCAUACCAAAGAGAAGUUAUUCAAUAUAUAAUGGAUAGAAUUGGAAAAGCAUGUUAUAAUAUGAAAUUUUUUAUAAUUGGCGAAAGAAUUAACUAUGACUCAGAUAGUGAUUAA